ACUAAACAUUUCAUAUCCCUUUCAUAGAGAUUUCGUAUGAUGGUGAAAUCGGUGAGAUCGUAAAGUUAAGAAGAAACUACCGGCGAAACCUCGGUGUGAAACCUUGUUGAAACAAUUGGUGAGACCCGAAACGCCGAAACUUCUUGAUACUUUUGGUUGCUAUUACUAUUUUCAAUCUUUAAAAUUGAAACCAUGUGAUUCGAAAGGGAGAUUACCAACCCACGAUUAACUGCUUAUGUGUAUGGAAAGAGGAAGGAAACGAGAGUUUUAAUGCAGACAGAUAGCAAAGAUCUCAGUGUGCCAUUAAAAUCAGAAGAGGUGUAUGUGAUUGAAAUUCAAAGACCAGGAUGUCUUACCACAAGAAACCCUGUGGGAGUCAUUUAUGUUGACAUAUUAUGACUGCAUGGCUAUUCAUACUUUGGUGGGCCAAAGAAUUUAGUUUGGAAGAUUUUACUAUGUCAGAAGAGGGUGUAUCUACAGGCUCUGAUGAUGUAAUGGCAAGUACUGAAGGUGAUGGAGAGAAACGAGGCAGAACACCACAGUCAGUAAGAAAGCAUGGUAAAGGACGAGCCGCAAGUAGAGGAAGAAUUUCUAAUAACAAUAGGAGGCUUGCAUCCGCACAAGGUCGGCACUCUCCUGGUACUGGUAGCUCACUAGGAUACAGUGGUCCACAUGGUAAUGACCAGAAAUACGCAUCAAGUAAGGAUGACCAGGGCUGCCAGCUUGAAGACAAAGCCCGAUGUACAAUGAAGCAAAUUGAUCAUGAUGAGAAAGAGGAAUUGUUUGGAGAGCAAGAUGCUGUGCCAGAAUCACAACAAGGGGUGUGUUACCAACCCACCAAGAUAAAGGCAGAGGCCUUAGGAAGAAAACAAACAGCCACCCCCCCAAAAAAAGACAUGGCUAAUGGCUCCUCGAGAACUAGAGGAAAAACUGUUAAAAUUUCAAUGGACAAGUCAAGGGGAAAAGGAAGCAAAAGAAAUAACUCAUUAGGUACAAGAGGACUUAGAGGAUAUCCCAGUGGCAACAGUGAAUUUACACCUAUAUGUUAUGAUAGUCAAGAAUUCCAUGAUGACCUUGCUAUGCAAGAAAGAGAUUUCCAUAAAUCCAAGAUUUCCACCAAUAUGGACUUCCUAAGCUCUGUAGGGCAGCCUUAUUUUAAUUGCAGUGAACAUAAAUACAGAUCCAACAAACUUGACAUUCCAGAUGGUAGCCAGAAGGGACAAAAGGGAGUGACUUUUGUAAGGCCGACAGGAAAGAGAGGCAAUAUAAGGGACUACAAAAAACAGAAGGAAGAAGUUCUUCGAACACUCAGUUAUCUCAAUCCACUUCAGUCAUCUCAAGCCAGUGUUUUGAUAGAACAGCUGAGGAAUGAGACAUAUGAAUGUAUGGUUUGCUGUGAAAGGAUUCGAUGCAGUGCUGCAGUGUGGAGCUGUUGUAGUUGUUAUCAUUUGUUUCACUUGGGCUGUGUGAGAAAGUGGGCAAAAUCCUCGGUGGCUACACUUCCAGAAGGUGAUGAAAUUGGUGGUUGGCGAUGUCCAGGCUGUCAAAAUAUUACUCAGGAGAUUCCAACUGUCUACAAAUGCUUUUGUGGGAAAGUUGUUGCUCCUGAGUGGAGACGUCAUGAAGGGUUGACACCUCACAGUUGUGGAGAAAUAUGUGGAAAACAGAGAGAUUCACUUUGCCAACAUCGCUGUAAUCAGCUCUGUCAUCCAGGACCCUGUCCUUCUUGCCCUGUGAUGAUAACGAAAGCUUGUUCCUGUGGAAAAACAAAGAAUCACAUUAGGUGUGGUCAAGCGACUGUCAUACUGUGUGACCAAGUCUGCAGCAAAAUUCUGAACUGUCUCACCCACAGGUGCACAAGAAUUUGUCACCAAGGUCCCUGUGAAGACUGUAAAAUCGUUGUGCAACAGAUCUGUUAUUGUGGAAAACAACAUCGGGAGGCUCUUUGUGGAACAGGAGAACCUGGCAAUGAGGACCUAGAAGGAAAAUCAGGAUGUUUCUCUUGUCAAGAGAAGUGCUUAAGGACCCUUGAUUGUGGCAACCAUUACUGUCAAACUGUUUGUCAUGUUGGAGUUUGCAAAGAAUGUCUGCUGAAGCCAUCAAUUCUUACAAUUUGUCCAUGUGGAAAAACUCCUCUUUUUGAUUUGCUUGGUGGUCAUGAUGUUAGAAAAUCUUGCUUAGAUCCGGUACCAACCUGCCAAUUGAUAUGUGGGAAGGUUCUUCCUUGCAGUCCAUUGAAAGAUCUCUCACAGGGUAGAGGAAGCAUAAAAACCAAAGAGCACUGCUGUAAAAUGCGAUGUCAUCUUGGUGGGUGUGGUCCUUGUGAUGGAAGAAGAAAAAUCAAGUGUAGAUGUGGUACAAAUACCAAGGAGAUCCUUUGCUCAGAUUUAAACUCUGAAGAAUAUACCUGUGACCAACGCUGUAACAAGAAGAGAAAGUGUGGACGACACAGGUGUAAUAAGAAAUGCUGUGGGGACGUGGAACACAAAUGUGAGUUGAUUUGUGGCAAAAAGCUGCGAUGUGGUCUUCACCAGUGCUUGGAAUCUUGUCACCCUGGUUACUGUCCACCUUGCUUAAUGUCAGGCUUUGACGAAUUAAAGUGCUAUUGUGGAGCCACAGUUUUGUACCCACCAAUUCCAUGUGGAACUUCACCUCCUGAGUGUGAGAAGCCUUGCUCCAGGAUCCAUGCUUGCCAUCAUCCAGUGAAUCAUACGUGCCACAGUGAUGAAAUAUGCCCUCCUUGCACGAUGUUGACCAACAAAAAAUGUAUGGGAGACCACGAGGUUCGCCACAACAUCCCAUGCCAUGUAAAUGACGUCUCAUGUGGAAAGGAGUGUGGAAAACUACUGAAUUGUGGACACAAGUGUCGUAAAAUUUGUCACAGGCCUCCAUGUCUGAGUGAUGAUGAACCAUGUUUACAUCCCUGCGAGCUUCCACGUAAGGAUUGUGGUCACCCCUGUGUAGCAGCCUGCCAUUCUGGCAAACAAUGCCCAGCAAUAUCGUGCAAAGUGAAGGUCACAGUAAAAUGCAAAUGUGGCAGACGUUCAGAAAAGUUACCAUGCCUUCAAGGGGGCGAAAAGACUGCUGUUACUCAAGCAUAUCAGCGCCUGGCCACGGAGACACUCGCAAACAAGAUGAAAGAUUUACAAAGUGGCCAGUCUAUAGAUAUCAGCAGCAUUAUGAAAGCGGAUGAUAAGAAGUUACGACAGCUUGAGUGUAACAGUGAUUGUCGUGUCUACGAACGAAACAGACGGUUGGCCGAAGCACUUGACAUUGAAAAUGCUGAUUUGUCCCAAGAGGUGUCAUUUCGCUUUUCACCAUUCCUUUGGACGGAAGCUAGGCAAAAUCUGAAAUUUGCAAAGUCUGUCGAAGAGGCACUGGAAAAUCUUGUUCAAACUACUCUGAAGUCGACAACAUCUCAAAGGACCCAUUCCUUUCCACCGAUGGCCUCAAAUCAAAGACGGCUCAUUCAUGAACUCGCUGUUUUUUACAACUGUGCAACCAGAAGCUAUGAUCAAGAACCAAAAAGAAACACUGUUGUAACUGCUACAAAGGAGUCUCGUCUUCCUUCUGCAAGAUUGUCAUCACAGAUAGAGAGAGAAAUCAACCCACCGCCUCCUCAGCCCAUACCAUUCCUGCCCUCAACACAGGAGUCUUCAAAAAAGUUGUCUCAGGAGAGAAAAAAGGGCGCAUGGGCACAACUUCCAGAUUAUUUUGCAGAUGAUUUCCAAGACUGAUUUACAGGAUGUUAACUUGAGAUAAUGAACUUUUAGAGACAGAAGUUAGGAGAAGAACUGAAGUGUGAUCUUUAUGGUUCUUUGCUUAUAAUUUGUUUACUCUCUUAACGUUUAUUUUAAAAGAAUUAUAAACCCCCAGUAAGUAUUUUCUGAUGCCUUAAGAAUUAGGAUUCGAGCUACCGCUAGGUUAUGGUACACUAAAUUUUGUGGAAUGGGAGUCAAGACUUACCAAUAAACUCUAUUAUUAUGAGUGUCA